AUGGAAAGUAAAUUUGUAAGUAAUUAUUCAAGCAAACCCGAAAACGAUUUCACUCGUCUUGAGACUAUCGUUGUCAUAAAUUGUGUCCUCAAUGUUCCACUAAUGCUCUUGUCCAUCUUUGGAAACAUCUUGGUGCUGGCUGCCAUUCUAAAAACAUCAUCUACUUCAUCUAUUUCUUCUUCAAGCACAGUUUUCCUCUACAGUUUGGCCCUUUCAGAUCUUCUCGUUGGCGUGGUUGUACAACCGGUUUACAUUGCAAAUGCCGCAACUGGGAUGACUUAUCUGCAGACAACUAUGGCUACCUUAGCCUUUGCAGCUAGCGGUGUCUCCCUCUUCACUAUGACAGCCAUAGCAGUUGAUCGUUCCUUAUCUCUUCACUAUCACAUGCGAUACCCGCAACUGAUGACAAAAAGUCGCGCCAGGUACCUAAUGGUAACUCUUUGGAUCAUCGCGGUGUUGCUAUCCUUCUCGCAUCAUCUGAGCGAUCUCACCUACUUCCUAGCCAUUGCUCUCUGUAUCAUCCUUUGCCUUAUGACUUGCAGUGCUUGUUACAUUGACAUUUAUCGUAUUGUUCGUCAGCAUCAGUUACAGAUUCAAACCCAACAACAAGCGGUAUUAAAUGCUGAAUAUAAUCAUACCGUGAAGAAAUCAACCAAAAGUGCCAAAAACACUUUUAUCUAUUUCAUUACUAUGGUUCUUUGUUAUUUGCCGAUGUUUAUCACCAAGGCAAUAAUUUCCGUUUUCCCCGAUCUGUGGACAAAUGCAUGGAUCUUCACAGAAACGAUCGUGUUCAUGAACUCAGCCAUCAAUCCCUUCCUAUACUGUUGGCGCCUUCGCGAGCUCCGGGUGGCAGUUUUAAAGAUAUUACAGUGAAUCUCAAGUCAACAGAUGGAGGAGAACUGGUAGGCUUAAUGAAAAUUGCUGACUCAUUGUAGCAGAGACACCGGUACAUGAAGACAUAAGGCUGUUUGUGUUCAGCAACCAGAUUAUGAACCACCACUGACAAGACAUCUUGUUUUAAUGUCGAGGUUUACACAAGAGAAACUCGAAUUUAGAUUUUUAUUGCAGUAUAACCAUGAAAUAUUUAACAUAAUACAAAUACAUUUUAUUAUUACGGCUCCCCUAUACGAGGCUAUUCUGUCGUAAUAUACCAUGAUAGUAAAUACACGAUAAUAAACUACAAUGGGGGAAAAAUAUCUACAUGUGUUGCAAAAAAAAAAGAGUAAUGAAGUCUAGAAAACCUCUUAAAGAUAACCAAGACAUCAUCCGUAAGAUUUUGAUUAAAACCCUGAGUGAUUUAUCCUAUAUCUAUCGCUUGACUUGAAUGAAAAUUUCCAGAUGUUUAAUGCUAGUAAUUUGAAAAAGAAAAAAAAUAUAUAUAUUUGGAUUGAAAGAGAGCUUUUCCCCCGUGGCUCCUCAGGAUCUUUACCCGAGCAAGUUUUUUCCAGAUAACUCUUAUUUCAAAACCUUGAUGCAAAAAAAAAAUAUAUUUCAAAGCGUGAUUUCAUUUGCAUUCAGAAGACAAUAAAAGAGAAACGGGUCAUGAAAACGUUUCGAAUUAAGUUUAGCAUUGAUAUCUCCAGAAACAGUGUGGAUGUGUCCCAUCAACACAUAGCUCGGACUCCCACUGCACGGUCGUCUGAUGUUGUCAUCACUCGUAUGAUUACAGACCAAAUUGGACUCCACUCAGUCAUAUUACCUUUACCUUUUCAAAAUUGAGAAUAUGCCUAAUAAAAAUGUACAAAAAGUAAUUAAAGGUUCUUGAAGCUACGUUUUCUGAUAUCUUUUAUCUUUAUUGGAUCAGUUUACCUUGAACGACUUUUCGGGGCAAUGCAACAAAUCAGUAAACAUGGGGGGGGGGGGGGUUUCCUCACAGCCGGUCUGAGAAUACACUGAGGUGCACUUUAAAGGACUAUUCUUGCAUCCUGAAACUUCAACAAUGCUUUGAUUGCAAAGUUGCUUCUUUCUUAUGGCAGGCCUACUUAAAUCUAGCAUUACCUACCCUAGAUCGCGCGUAGGCGUUGGAAUAGCUUAUGUUUUUUUGAGUAAGCGGAAACUAUCUCUUACGCAAUCGAUUUAAAUGGCCAAAAAAUUAUAAUAUUUCGGGGGCUUUCAAUCCGCAGGUGAAAUUUUUUUUGAAUGAUUGAUGUGAUCGUAAAAUCGUUUGAAUGACCAAAGUAAUUGCAUACCCAGCAAGCGAUAUUGAUAAAAUAAUAAAACUUGAUUGUGUAAGUCAUUUUAAAAUUAUAAAUUAUUAAAUCAAUUUAAAACCCAGCAAGUGCUUUAAAAGAAAAAAACUGGACUUCCGUCACAGAUGGCUUUGUAUUGUUCCAGUCUCAACCGACAGGGUGAAAAAAAUAUCUUUUGAAAAGACAAUCAAACCUUUGAAAAUGGUUAACGAGCUGGAGCAUUGUAUGAGCUGAGGUUUUAAAAACUCCUACGCAUAUCUGAUGACAUGGUUGAAUUCAACAAAGAGUUGUUACAACCUAAGCUGACUAACUAGCCUCUUUACACAUCGCAAAUUAUACACUUAUUUUCGACCUGUACCAAUAAUAGCAAGCAAGCGGAAAUUAUGCGUAAGGAGAAACACGCCUGACAAUUUCUGACAAUAUAUUCAUGUAUGUUCCUUUCUUAACUUUCUCUUAUUCAGUAUGAUAUUACAUAGACAGCAUGGGUCUGUUUUACACAUCGAACUUUUACAUCCUAUGCUUAAUAACACAUAGAACAACGUUAGUUGAGUACCUAAGCAACUGCUUAUGGUCAGUUUCUGCUCACGAUACUUUACGAACGAUACAACGAUACUCACCGAAUAAAAGUGAUAUUUUCGGCGUAAAAAAAUCAUUGACGAUAUUAAUUUUUGCCAACUCCGUGUCUAAUCCCAUGCGUGGGUCUCAGUAUUUCACAAUCUACCCGGGGGAUUGUACAUAAGAGCCAAUCUGCUUUCAUCUCUCGCAUAAAACUGGUAUCAGCUGCCAAUAUAUUGGCAUCAACCUUCAAAAUUGGCUUUUCUUCGCUUAAUUAAGUUACGCGAAGACAAGCCGAUUUUGAAGUUAAAUUAAAAUUCUGUUCAAAUACACAACUCAAAUCGACGCACCCCGAUACUCCAAAACAAAAGCAUAUGGGCCAAAAUGGUAGACGAAACAAGGACGAAUACUCCCAACACAUCUGAGACCUUAAACAUCGUAAACGUCGCCUUAAAUGUGCCGCUGAUGUUCAUGGCAAUUAUCGGUAAUGCACUGGUGCUGGUGGCUACGUUGAGGACUCCUUCGCUUCGUUCAGCGUCCAUAAUUCUUCUGUGCAACUUGACCCUUUCUGAUCUUCUGGUUGGUUUUUUAGCUCAACCACUUUACAUUGCCAGGGAAAUAACCAGAGAGAGAUCUCUGAGUCAGAUAAUGGAGACAGUAGCGUUUUCUGUGUGUGGUGCUUCACUUUCAUCCAUAACAGUUAUUAGCGUGGACCGACUAAUGGCUCUUCACUUUCACAUGCGUUAUUCAUAUGUUAUGACUUUAAAUCGCGCUAUUUGUACAUCUGUGGCGCUUUGGUUAAUCUGUGUGGUGUUAUCCCUUUCGACCCUCUGGCAAAUGAAUAUUUUCCAUUUUACUAUAGUUGCCUCUAUAAUUGUUUGCCUACUGAUUUGUACGAUAUGCUAUAUGAAAAUAUAUCGCAUUGUUCGCCGGCAUCAGUUACAGAUCGCGAUUCAAGCUAAACAAGUGGCGAAGGAAACUUCAAAAGACGCAGAUGGACAUGAAUUGAACAUCGUGAGAUCGACUAAAAGUGCCAAAAACACUUUUAUUUAUUACAUGAUGAUGAUAUUAUGUUACACACCACUGUUUCUUUCUAUGUUUGUCUCCGCUUUUUUCCGUCAAUACUGGAGAGACGAGUUUUCUUUAGCGGAGACCAUAGCGUUUAUGAACUCAUCCAUCAAUCCUUUCCUAUACUGCUGGCGACUUCGUGAACUUCGAAAGGCAGUUGUUAAGACAACUAAACAGAUGUUACGGCUGCAAACAGAGUAA